AUGAGGAGCAAAGCAAACAAGCAAAGCAAACUCAUGAUGGAAAUCAUAUUAGCACCCAUUAAAAUUCUCAGCAAGGCAAGAGACUUCUACAUGAAGAGCAUGGUAGACUGUGCCGGAAGGGUUGGCUAUACCACCGUGGUAUUUGGUGGCCCGGUGGCGUCUCAAAGCGUGCAGUUACCUAAGAGUUUCAGUGUUAGCUCUUCAUCACAAGGAAGCAAAAAUAAUGAGGAAUUACGACAACUUUUGCAGGGCAGUGGGAUGGAAUCGUUAGAUAUGAUGAAUAGUAGGCAAAGACAACAGGUUAGAAUAAAGGCAAUGGAGAGUGGUGAUAUGGGGAGAUGUUACAGUGUUGGAUUGGGAAAGAUUGGGAAAAUUGAUGAGGAAAAGGCUUGUUCUUUUAGAGAAGAUGAAGAUUUGUGUCCUAGAAGUAGAUGCCAUGCCCUUAGGAGAAGUGUUGUGUAUUAUUGCUAG